UUUUUUGAAUUUUCUCCAUACCGGACUGCUGGUCUAACUUCAUUUCCUGAUUAAUUGGUGUUGCGCAUGCGGAAAUUUGUUAUGGAGAAAGGCUGGGUGCCAAAAAAAGCUUGAUGUCUACAUAGAUGUUCCUGAUAUCAUUGAUAUUAGUCACAUGCGUAGCAGGGGCAUUCAGCCUGGGGAAGAGCUAUUACCAGAGGCUGUUGAUGAGGGUAAGGUGGAGUCAGAAAAGCUCUUGGCCAAUGAGGAGAUAGUUGCUCAACUUGUGUCAAUGGGAUUUAACCAUCUUCAUUGCCAGAAAGCUGCUAUUAACACGUCUAAUGCUGGAGUGGAAGAGGCGAUAAUUGGUUGCUAUCACACAUGGAUGAUCCAGAUAUAGAUGUUCCCAUUUCUCAAGAGGCAGAAAAUGCUGAGGCUUUGCAUUUGUGGACCAAUCAAAAGUGGAUACUCUGAUUUCAUUUGGUUUUCAGGAAGACAUUUCUCGGAAGGCAUUGAGAGCAUCG